AUGCUUGUCCCUUCCGAGCUUCAUUGGAAUAUUGUGUUGUACGUUACCUUGAUAUCAAGAUGUUCGGCCCUGCUUUCUGGUCAGAAAUACUGGCUUCCGGAUCUAGAGUGGCGAACCGCGAGCAAUUGGGCGAACAAUCGUGUGCCAGAGAUUGACGAUCAUGUGAUCUUUCCUCAGCAGACCCGACACGCGAUUGGCAUCUUCGAAACGGACAAUCUCAGACUAUCCGGAAUUGAUUUGCCGAGGCAGGGAUUGUUAGUACUGCCUAGAAAUGGUAAAUUGCAGCUAAGCAAUUCACGGACGGAUGCAAAAAUUAGUCGGUGGUCAAAGGAAGGUAGCAUAUUUUGGGCUGAUCCCGCAAAUUGGAAUGGUAGUUCGAUAGCGACACCGCAUCUCGAGCGUGUUCCCUGCAGCUAUGACAACAUUGUCUUGCCGAGCGAGAAUCGCACUUUGAGUAUUCUUCUACCUGUAAGAGAGGUAGGAGUGAAGUCAAUUCGGCUGUCAAACGAGAGGCAGUCAUUUACCGAAUGGGAAUGGCAAAACUUCCAAGAUCGUAGAGAAUUUUCCAGAGGCAGGUUCACCGUAAAGUACAGCGAUCUGUUAUGGCGGCCUAUAAGUAUGCUCAAUUGUAAGAAAGUUUUCUGUCAGGGAAACACUCAGGACGAUUAUCUCGAGGAAAUUUGUGCCAUUCAGAGGCCAAGGUGCGGAUUUACGGAGUGCGAAUAUCCUCUUAAAGUGGAAGGUCACUGUUGUCCGUACUGUGGUGGACGCGUGUCCAUAUCGCAGCAAAUUUCCUUAGUCACAGUACAAACCGUGGCGGAUGAAGCUUUAGAAGGAUAUACGGAGAAAGUUGCUUGGCACACUAGAUGCACUUGGAAUGGAGGUGUAGAAAUUCUUUUAAAAGAAAAAGGGAGUUAUUCCAGCAUCACGAUAGAGGCAGCCGUGGAGAAUCUGCGGAAAAUACUGCAAAAUACAGGAAUUGACGUGACAAAUGCGGAGACGGCGGGUGCAGCAAUGAAAGAUUCUCGAUUAGCUGUUACGCUUGGACUGCUUUUCGGGACACCCCUUGUCGUGAUCACUCUUCUUCUGCUUAUCUUUCUUUAUUUUGGUUAUUCUUUAGAGCACGUUCUCUCGGGAUGUAUGGAAGCUAUCUCAUCCAUUCGAGAUGGAAUUCGGGCGGAUAAGCAGAAGCAUGGUUUCGCUCGUUUUGAGAAUGUUCCUGAAGGCAACGUUCAGAUCGGCAACGUUCCUGGAACGAGUGGUCGAGAGGUUGAUGUCGGUGGGAUAAAGCAAGUCGUGGGUGGUAGAUUCGAAAAUCCUUUAUACAGAUCCAAGAGCAACAAGGUGAAAGAACGUAAAAUUCUCGACACAGAUGUAUCUCUCAGCCUUACUGCUCUAAAAGGAAAGCUAGAAGAUCAACUAGAAAAUGAGGAGAUGGAUACGGAAGAAUAA